GGCAGAAGCCGGGAAUCCUUGGAGGAGGAGGGGCCGCUUUAUCCCGCCCCCUGCCCCCGGCGGGGCUUCCAAACUCGGGGGACCCCAGGGCUCCUUCUCUGUGUCUGGAGGCGUCAGAUUUGCGCACUGGGGAUCAAAUGGACCGGUGCGGCCCGAAAGGCGCCCAGAAGUUGCUACGAUCCACAAACUUGUGGCCCGUUUCCUGCCCCAUGACGUGGAGGAUGUGAAGGGAGGGGCCUGUGCCUCUGCAGACUUCCCAAAGAAGGCGCCCUGCACUGGUCCUAUCCCUUAGCCCGCCUGCCACCCAAGAAGGCGCCCCGGCUGAGACUGUCCAGCCGAAGCCAGGCCCUGGGAUGGAGGAUGACCCCACUGUGUUCACCACCCACUCCCUGCCCAAAGACCCCCGCCUUCUGGCCACAGUGACUAAUUCGUACCUGGGCACACAAGUGUACCAUCACAUCCUACAUGUGAGCGGUGUGUACAAUGGAGCUGGAGGGGACACGCACCGGGCAGACCUCCCAAGUCCUCUCAAUGUCCACCUGCUGGCUCCAGCCUGCCAAGGGGCUUCCAUAGAGGAGACCUUUGCUCUGGACACCAAGACAGGUACUUUUCUCCACACCCUCCGAGGCCUAGACUUCUUGGCUUCCCACAGAAUCUAUGCUCACCGAGUCCUCUCCCACCUGCUGGUCUCCAGCGUGUCCAUUGGCCGCUUGGGCUCCACCACCCAGCCAAUCACUCUGCACCUUCAGGCUGACUUCACCCCCCACAGUCCCGAUCUGGCCUUGCACCUGGGCCCUGACUUCCGGGGUGCUCGGUACUUAUAUGGUCAUACACUGGUCCCGGAGGAGCCUGGGGGACCUCAGCCGGAGGUGCAUAUGCUCUGGACCCCAGUUCCUCCAUCACUGACACUGUCAGAGGAAGAGGAACAGACACAGACAUGGGACUUCCUCACGGUGGUGGCAGGCAGCAAGGAGGAGGCCGAGGGUCACUUCCUAGAGGCUGCCUCCCUUCAGGGGGCAGGUGCCUUGUAUAGCAGCCAUGCUGAUGCCUGGGGGUCGCUCUGGGAGGCCUGUGCCCUCGACCUGGUGGGGUCCUUUCCCCUCCAACAAGCUCUUCGAGGGUGUCUGUACUACACGCUAAGUGCCCUCCCCCACCUGGGAACCCCAGAGCCUUUCCACGGGCUCAGCCCUGGGGGUCUUUCCAAUGGGUGCCAUGGGGAGUGUUACUGGGGCCACAUCUUCUGGGACCAGGACUUCUGGAUGUUUCCCAGCAUCUUGCUGUUGGACCCAGAAGCUGCCAGGAGCAUCCUGGGGUAUCGGGUGCGGACACUGGGUGGGGCUUUGCUCAACGCUGAGGAGCUGGGAUUCCAGGGCGCCAAGUUUGCCUGGGAAAGUGCUAGCUCUGGCAGAGAGGUCUGCCCUGAGGAGAUUUAUGGGACUCAGGAGAUCCACAUCAAUGGGGCAGUGAUGCUGGCCUUUCAGUUCUACUACCAGGCCACCCAGGAUCUACAGCUAUUCCAAGAGGCAGGUGGCUGGGAUGUGGUCAGGGCUGUGGCUGAUUUCUGGUGUAGCCGAGUCACCUGGUGUGCUGAGGAACAGAAUUACCACCUCCGAGGAGUGAUGCCUCCAGAUGAGUACCACUCAGGUGUCAAUAACUCUGUCUACACCAAUGUCAUCGCUCAGACCAGCCUGGGUUUUGCAGCAGAUCUGGCUAGAGACCUGGGCCAGCCAGUCCCUGAACAGUGGGCAAAGGUUGCCGAGAAAAUCAAGGUGCCUUUUGAUCCUGAGAGAAAUUACCACCCAGAGUUUGAUGGAUAUGAGCCUGGAGAGACUGUAAAGCAGGCUGAUGUGGUCCUCCUGGGCUACCCAGUGCCCUACCCCCUGAGCCUGGAUGUUCGGAGAAAAAACCUGGAGAUCUAUGAAGCUGUGACAUCCUCUGAGGGCCCUGCAAUGUCCUGGAGCAUGUUUGCCGUGGGCUGGAUGGAGCUAAAGGAGAUGGAGAAGGCCCAUGCCCAGCUCAGGAAGUGCUUCUCCAACAUCUCAGAGCCCUUUAAGGUGUGGACAGAGAAUGCCGAUGGCUCAGGUGCUGUGAACUUCCUGACCGGAAUGGGAGGCUUCCUGCAGGCAGUGCUAUUUGGAUUCACGGGGUUCAGAAUCACCAGGGCUGGACUGACCUUUGACCCUACAUGUUCGGCCGAGGUCCAGUCUAUGAGGGUCACCGGGGUCUCCUACCUGGGGAACAAACUCUGUUUCUCCUUCUCGGAGGAGAUGGUGACAAUUGUAGUGACAGCCUCAGAGCAGGCAGCCCUUCCCCUGGAGGUGGAACUGAGGACGUCUGGAAAGCGGCUCCCCCUGCCCCUGGGACACAAGAUUUCCUUCCCCAUCACUGCUGGGAGGAUCCAGAGACUGCCUUCGUAGGAGACCAGGGAGCCUGAGCUGCAUGAGCCCCGGAGCCCCUCAAGGAGCCCCAGGAAGAAAGGGAUCACUCCCACCCCCCACACCUGGCUGGGAGGCUGGGGGAGUGUCCUCUACUGAUGUUCUCUCCUGCCAAGGCCUGUGGACUCUGCCUAGCACCUCCCCAAUCCGUUGCCUUCUCUCUACACCUCUGGUCCCCAGUGAGGGUCAGGCCCACUGCCUCCUCUAACUCGCCUUUGACACCAGCCUCUCCUUCCCAGUCCACCUGACAUAGGAUGCCAGAGGCAUCCUCUUAAGGUGCAGUUCACCCCCCACCGCAACCCUCAAUGACUCCCUGGCACUUACACAAUGAAACCUGAGUUCUUGA